GACAUUCAGAUUUGCACCCUGGACUGGCCCAGCACUGCAGGAGAAAUAGUCUGGGAUUUGACCUUUGCCAUUGUUUUUUUUCUAAUACCAGGAUUAAUCAUUGUCAUCAGUUACUCCAAAAUCUUACAGAUUACAAAAGCAUCAAGAAGAAGUUUAAAUGCUGGCUUAGCCUACUCACAGAAUCAUCAGAUACGUAUUUCCCAGCAAGACUACAAACUGUUCCGAGUCCUCUUUCUGCUGAUGAUCUCUUUCUUCAUCAUGUGGAGCCCAAUAAUAAUCAUUAUCUUUUUAAUUUUAGUUCAGAAUUUCAAAAAAGAUUUAACUAUUUUGCCAUCAGUUUUCUUCUGGAUUGCAUUAUUCACGUUUGCCAACUCUGCUGUCAAUCCAAUUUUGUAUAAUGUUGCCCACUUCAGACGUAAAUGUCAGGAAAUUCUUCUCUGUUGUACAGGGAACCCUGAAAGGCAUCGGGCAGGUACAGAAACCACUGCAAGGAGAAGUAACCAUGAACAGCCACAUUUGUCUUUCAUUACCAGAUAA